UUUCAUCAAUUUGUUGUUUUAUUUAUUGCCAGUGAUAGUUUUGGAUGUGUGUAUAGUUUCAUCCAGGGUGUGUUGCUCAGGUUUGUCUAACAUACAUGGUACAUGGUGUGUGGGAGGGUGUUGAGAGUUUUCGAAAUCGUCAGAGGUAGCGUUGGCGUGUAUGUACUCAGGGCGUUUGAUCUGUGAUGACUCAGAGAUCAUAAAGCAUAAAUAGAGCAUCAAUAUUUUCAUGUUAAUGUCCGGAGAGUUUCAGGCAUCUGGGACUAUAACUCAGUAUGCUGCUGGCUGCUUUCACCAUCCUCUUUAUGUGGUGGGAUUUAUAUUUUGUGUAUUCUAUGAUUGUAGUUUUUAUUUAAAUGUGUAAGCACCUCACAUUUCUAUAUAGCAGGCGUGCAUCUGUUUGUGCAAAGUGUUGUACCAGAUUGUGUAUUAGCCUCUGAGUUCCUGUAAUAUGGCUUAACUCACUAAUCUGCCACAUUUUUGUAACCAGUGAAGGAAUGCUAGUGUUAGGAUAUGGGGCUGUGAGUUCGGAAAAUAUUUUGGUAUUUUUAAUCUGCAGCGAAAGGAUGAUUUCCAUCAAAAUGUGACUCAGAUCUCACCACCAGGCUAUCCGUGAUUGGCAGGGGUUCCAGCACGGAGAUGGGGGCCCCAGAUGGAACCACGCGGUUCUGGGGCUAUGCCAUCACUAAAUUGCUUCUUCUACACCUGUGUCUGCUGGGGAGGAUCGUGGAAGUUCAAGCCCAGGAAGAGAGCCAGAAAGGGGGCUAUCUGCAGGAGGCCAUCAGGGCACUACCCUUUGAGUCUCAGGCACAGCUCCAGAGGGACCAGACAGGGGUUCUUCUCUCCACUGUCCUCCAAGCUGUUCACUGUGCAGAACGGACUGGGGGAUCACAGGAGCUCUGUGACAGGUGCCUGAAUACAGAUCUAUUCCUCUCUGUCUUGGAGGAUAACGGGAAGGCUUACCUCACAGAGGAGGACUACCACAGAGUUUCCACUGCUCUGCUCUACUACAUGAUCAACAUGGAAGACGUGUGCAUUUCCAAUCCUUCUCCUUCCUCUUCCUCUUCACCAAGCUACCAGUACUACCUCCUAGCCCUGACCAGCCUCCACCCCACAGAAGACAAAGGCUUUCUUUCCUCCAAUGAGACAGAGAGCAUUCUGCAGCUCAUUAACCAGCACUACCAAGCGUCCUCUCAAGACUCUUCUAGCUCUUCCCACUCUCAGUGCAUUGACGCCUCCUAUCUAAUGGAUGAGGUGGGGAUCACAAAUAGCCAAGGUGCUGGUCCAUCCUUUGUGUCCCAACUGGCUGCAGCCAUCGUCACCCACACCCUGCAUGGCCACUGUUUCAGCAAGAGGAACCUGCCCUCCCCCGCGUUCUUCACAGACUACAUAUUCCAGUCCCUCAACCGCACCAGCAACCUCCAAAUCAUGGAUUUGGAGCAGCUGCUGCACCUGCUUGGUGUGGGAGGCGGUGAGGGAGAGGCCUCUCACUCACAUGGCAGGGAGAGGCGGAGCAUCACAAGCCCAUCUCAUAUAGGUUGUGUCUAUGAGCCUUUGAGGAUGAACACAGACUGGACACAGGUGUGUUUCUCAGCCAAUCAGUUGGUGGAUAUUUUUGUUCUGGACCCUCAUUUGCCCAUCUCUCGAGAUCACUUCAGACAAAUCUGCCCUGCUAUCAUCCAGCAGUUGCUAGGCAAUGCUUGUGAGUCCACAGAGCCAGCUUCACGAGGAUCUCCACCAAGCCCCAUUGAAAAAUAUGGCUACAGCACGGCUGCUGUGCUCCUCAUCACUGUGGGCUCCAUGUUGGGCAUCUGCCUAAUCUUCUUCAACUCGUGCCGGGAGACCUACGCCCUCAUCCUGCAACUCUUCGUAGGCUUGGCCGUGGGCACCCUCUCAGGGGACGCCCUCCUGCAUCUCAUACCACAGAUCCUAGGCCUCCACGAUGACAGUAACCAUGGCAAUCAUCCCUUUACUGAGGGAAAAGAGUAUCUGUGGAAGAUUUUGGGAAUCAUCUCUGGAAUCUACGGCUUUUUCCUUAUUGAAAGGGUCUUCUCUUUUGUGAUGCCGUCACAAGGCCAUGGUCACCAGGGUUUGGGCCAUUCUCAUGACCUUCCCUUGGAGCUGAACUGCAACGGCCAGUCACAGAGGGGCAAGUCCAUCUCCACCAUGCAGCUGGGAACAGUGGAGGAUUUAGAAUGUACAGAAAUGCAACCAGAGGAUCGUGAACCGAGAACGCCUACACGUCAGACGAGACAGGGUAUUCCUAUGCUGGCCAUGAUGGUAAUCGUUGGAGACAGCCUCCAUAACUUUGCAGAUGGCCUGGUGGUGGGGGCAGCCUUCUCCUCAUCCACUGAGACGGGAAUGGCGACCACCGUGGCCAUCCUCUGCCACGAAAUCCCUCAUGAAAUGGGUGACUUUGCGGUGCUGCUCAGCUCAGGUCUCUCUGUGAGGAAUGCUGUGAUGAUGAACCUCCUCAGUGCUAUGACGGCAUUCAUUGGCCUCUACAUUGGCCUGUUUGUCUCCUCAGAACCGGAGGUCCAGCAGUGGAUCUUUACUGUUACAGCAGGGAUCUUCCUCUAUCUGUCACUGGUAGAGAUGCUCCCAGAGAUGAGUCGUGUGAAGACCAAGCGGCCAUAUAUAAUGUUCGUCAUGCAGAACAUUGGCCUCCUAAUGGGAUGGUCAUGUCUUCUGCUCCUCGGCCUAUUUGAGCACAAACUGAAGCUUGGAUGAAAGGAUGCUUGCUCGUACUCUCAUCCUAUAUGGUAUCCAGCAAACAAUAUUUUAAAUUGAUGGCAGAAGUGAUGGUACUCAUUUUAGAAUCUUGUUUAUUGAUUACUGUUGUUUACUCCUAAAGUACUUGUAAUAAUUCUAUAAAGCCAGAUAUUAAGUUGGUGAACAGCACCUUGGAAAUGUCACCAAUACAGAACAUUUCCUUUCAAGUGACCAUCAUAGUGGUGUGGAUAAGAGCUGUGACGAUGUGAAUCAAACAUAACUUUAGAUCCAGUGGUUAUGUGGAAAUGUUUAAAGUCUGAAUCCAACAAAUCAGAUGCAUGUGAAGCUUUAAGACACGCAGACCUUUUCUAUGUGAUUAUUUCUUUUUGUAUGAUGUACUGUGUAUCAUAGAAGGCUUGCAGUCUAAUCUGCUGCACCUGUUUCUGGAAAUGAUGGCUUCUAGUUUACAGUUCUGGACGAGACUUUUAUAACAGGAACAUUGUUUUUACAGGGUGUACGUACAGUAUUUUCUGUAUUAUCAUUAUGAUAUAAUGCUGUUGCCUUGACAAUCAAAUCAUCCACUGAUCCAGACACGCUUAAAAUAAACAAACCAAGAUUCAA